AUGAACUCAGACAAAGAGAAUGAGCACCCUGAGACACGCGACAACACCCCACGGCGAGGCAAAGCCAGUGGCCUGCGGAGCGCGUCGGUGCGUAUGCCAACACCCGAUUCUGGCUCAACAUCUGGAAACGGCGGUAAGAGGAGGAGAACCGACAACUACACCAUGGCCCGCUCGCAAAUUCGUGAGGAUGCACAUCGCGAGAACGAUGAAGAGGAACAGGACGAGGACGAGGACGAGGACGAAGAGGUGGAAACGCCCUCGCAACUCCCCUCACAACCCCUGCCUGAGCCUGAUGAGGAAGGCGACCUCAAGUUUUACAACCCCAAUCAAGACCCAGAGGCGCGAAGGAGACUGCGUGCAAACAUGCGUGAGCACCAGCGCAUGCUGGAUGAUAAUCGCGACGACCUCGUCAAAUCGCGCGACAGCGGACUGCUCGAUGCUCUCAAGACACAAAACAGUUUGUUCGGCAAAGUGCGACAAACGGCCGACGCCACAGUUGACUCUCGCUUCUUGGUCAACGCCAGCGACCUAGCAGGCAAGAAGCUCAACAACAGCUUAGGGAAUUCUGGCGUAGGCAUCGACCUGGAUCAGUUCGUUUCCAAGUGCAUAUAUUUCAUGAAAUCUGGCGGCCAUAUCGCAGGCGAGGAAGACGCACCAGUAGUACCCGUGGGCGACGACGACGAUGAAGAUCCAGAUGGCCUUGACUGGGCACUACUAGGUCGGAAAGCAUGUUUCCCCUGCAACAGGCGGCCGCCAACAUCGAGUUUCCUGCUUGGUCCCUUAUCCGUACAGAAGCGCGUUCGUGUAACUCAACGAAAAGCCCGAUCGCAACGACAACCAGUCGGCCCAGCAACUCGACCUGAGGAGAUCACAACCGGGAAUACGCAGCAGAGCAACAACGACACCCAACUGACAUUGGUCAGGGGUAUCAGGGAACGCUUAGUAGAGCACAUCUCAGCUGCGGAACCUUUGGUCAACCAAGAACUCGAGGAAAUACCGGAAGAGGAAAUGACAGACGAGGAUCAAUCUGCUGCUCUUAGACGCCACAGAUUAGCCAUGACCAAUGAAGGAACACCUGCCGUCAGUCUACUAGACUUUGCUAUCAAUCCCCAUGACUUCGCGCAGACGGUAGAAAAUCUCUUCUACAUUAGUUUCUUGGUGAGAGAAGGGAAUGCCGAGAUUGUCAAAGAUGCCCACGGGCUUCCGCUCCUUCAACCGGCACACCCCAGCGCAGUCUCAGAACACCGAGGGAAGGAUGUCCAAAAGCAUCAAGCCGUCUUCAGCAUUGACUUCCCUGCCUGGCGGAUGUUCAUUGAAGCAUAUGAUAUUACAACGCCACUCAUACCACAGCGCGAAGUAGAGGCGGCAAACGUUGGCGCUACCGGUUGGUAUAACGGAUAA